CCGCUGAAUAUUCAUCUGCAAGCAUCGCUAAAAGCUACUUGAAAAAAGUGUGUAUUACAAAAGGAAAAGCAGGUUGUGAUCGUGGCUCCUGAUGGUUCAACUUCAUCUCGCAUUUUCUCAUCUUUCAUUUGACCAGUUCGAAAGAAAGUAGGGUGAUGAGAGUCGCUUUGAUUGUCUUGGUCCUGCUGACAGCAGUUUUCCUGUCAAUAAGCUUUGGAGAAGCUGACCAGAAAAACUCGCUGUCAUCGUCGCAGGAAAACGGUGCAGAUGUCGCUCCUGGAAACUUAUUUCUUUAUAAGCCACAGCGGGUCAGUCUACAGCCGAAAUCUUCGAACAGCAGCGACAGUUCCUCAUCUUCGUCCAGUGCAGCAGAGAGCAAGAAAAAGCAGAAUAAGAAGAAGAAGCCCAAGAAGAAGAUUAAGAAGCAGAGGAAGUUCAAGAAGAAAAAGCAGAAGAAGCUGAUAAGGAAGAAGAAGAAGAAACCGGAACCCCCGUCUAGUUCCUCCAGCAGCUCCUCCUCCAGCAACUACCCUAAGUUACCCAAGUACCCCAAGUUUUCAAAGCAGAAAAAUAAGAAACUGAAAAAGAAGAAACAGAAGAAGAAGAAACUGAAAAAGAAGAAACUGAAAAAGAAGAAACAGAAGAAGAACAAGUCUGGUGCUAAAUCUUCUUCCAGUUCUAGCAGUUCGUGA